AUGGUCGGUCAACGUCACUCUUCUCCUCCUGAAUCGACGGGCACGGAAGGUUUCAUCCUUUCAGACUACCCUCGACCUCGUUUCUACAUCGUGCGUCCAGACAAGACCUUUGUGCCGCUUAUCGCGGUCGAUGAAAUCAAUCCUAUGCUACGCCUGCAUGGCGUUCCUCGUGCUCUAGCGAUUGAUGAAAUCGAUAAAUGGAAUUUGGCUCGGGUGGGCGACUUAGUCGAUCGACCAGGACAGUAUUAUAGUAUCGAUCUUGGUGGUUCCGGAGAGGGUUCCAUGGAUACUGGCUUCAGUCAUGUUACCCGUACAAUUAGCAACCAGUCUCCACCUCAGCAAACGAACGAUCCUCCAAAGACAUCUACUGAUUCUCCGAGCCGUUCUUCUAUCAACUCAAAUAGCAGCUUCUACACAUCGCAGAGUGAUUUGACGUCUCAUGUGAAUCAAGGACCUGGUCCUUCACCGAUCCACAAUGGACGUGAAGAGAAUCAUGAGAAUGUGCAUGCCACUGACCAGGCCCGUCUCGAUAAUCAGGUGAGCAAAAUGGAUGUGAGCGGUUUCAGCAUUGUGACUGACGAGAAACAGAAUACUUUAAACCAGUAUGUACAUGAGUCUCAGGGGACCCAAAUAAAUCACCCGUCGAAGACAAAGGACGCUGCCACCCCUGGGUACUUUGGUAAGAAGAAAUUUUGCACUUAUUGGAUUCGUACCGGCAACUGCGAUUACAUACAGGAAGGGUGCAAAUAUCUCCAUGUAAUCCCUGAUGAGGAAACUCGUCUUCGGAUUGGCAUUCGCGACAUGCCUAGAUGGGCGAAAGAAGACUUUCCCCAACAGCAGGAACCAGUGCACCCGAAACACUCUCUCGCCCUGACCCAAGACUGGCGUCGUCCACAUCCUGGCCAGCCCGCUAAAUAUCCCAAGGCAGAGAAGCCUCGACAUCCAGAUACGCUCUCAACAACCCGAUCUACUCAACAAGUAAAUCGUACGGAGAAUAGUCAUAAUACCUCUAUCAAGCGUGAUCAGCAGUCUCUUCCAAACAAUGGUCACAAUUUGGCUCGGACGAAUGGUUUCAAUAGCCAGAGCCCAUUCGAUCCGACUUCAGCUGGGGCUCCUGGAACAUCCAUCCACGCACUGAAAGCUGUACCCUUUCAAGCCGAGAUGCAGUCGGCUCCUCUCACUUCACAUCCUCCACCGCCUGUCCCUUCUUCCUCAGCUGCUCAUUAUCCGCCACCAACGCAACCACCUAUCAGCCGUCCCACCAAUGAUGUCUACCAAGCUCCUGAUAAGGUGUCUCCAUCGAAGCCUGCACCAAGCGAUGACCUUCGUUCUUUACUUGAAGGCAGUGAGCCUGUCACUGUGAUGCCCACAGCGAACGGUGGUAUUACUGGAACUUCUUCGCAGACAAACAAUGGGAAGCUGAAUGGCUUGGUUUCUCAAGCUGUCAAUAAGGUAUCCCCGAAGCAGGCUUUGGCUACCGCGAGCCACACCUUCUGCAACCAUGGUCCUGUCAAGCCCCCUGGACAACAGGGCACCAACGUGAUGGAUAACCUUUUCCACCUGAGCACACCCAGCUCACAGGUGCCUAGUGCCUUUCAGAAUCAUCAGGCUAUUAACGGCUCGAGUGGCUCCCUUCCAUCCUUCGUCGCAAAUCAGACGAAUGGAGCUUUGUCCGCCCAAUCUCAGGAUAUUCGCUUGGAUAGCAACCACGCAGAGACGGAGACCCCCAGCAACAAUGGCCAUUCGGAGAUCUAUUGGCAUCGUCGCCAUUUCGCUGGUCCGGGCCAGUCUCAAUUUGUUGCUUCGAGAGUUGAAGAAGAAAAGCCUCGUGAGAAGAAAAACGGUCACGGUGGUCAACGGAAACGUAGUCCUCGUGGUAAGAGCAGCAAGGGUGAUCUAAGCGGGGGCAAGUAG